UAUUGGGGGCGGGUAUGUAUGGUGGCAGAAGUAGGGUGGGGGUGGUCUCCCUGGUUGCUAAGGGCAACAGGGUGAGAUAGAUGGAGCCGCAGCUGCGCGUCUGUUAAUACCAGCGCUCGACCCUCAACGUCCCCGCGCGCGCAAUUCUCUUCACUCACACACUCUCUCACACUGAGCUCUCCUCGGUCAAGGCAGGAAGAUGCGAGCGGGGAUUUAGUUUCAGCGUCUUUUUCAGUCUGCAGCAGAUUAUUACCUUUCCUCCAACACAGGACGGAUUUACAAACGAGAAACUAGUUUCGAGUUUCCUCUUCUCUACACGGAAUAUGAUGCAGAAUUCCCCCAUUCUUGUGGAAAUAAAUUGGAUAAGAAAACUCUCCAAUCUGUUGGCUGAUCAUCAAUGAUCUCAGUUCCGCAAAGAACAUAAAAAAGUUUUUCAGUGAAGAAGCCCUGAUAGUUGGAGUUUUUAUAUUUGGAUAUGGCAGCAACUGAGGCUAAUGCAGAGCCUGUCCAAGCAGACACUGUGGAGACCAAAGCUGAGGUGGAAGCCACAAAUGAAGACCCAGCCCCAGCUUCAACUGAGGAAACAAAGUCUACCACUGAGCCAACCCCUAGCACAGAGCCACCAGCUGAUAGCAAAACUAAGCCAGCCUCUGAGAAAAUAUGGGACUCUUUUUUAAACAAAAGUGGGCUUGGAAAAGUAAUGGCAGGUAAGAAGAAGAAGGAGCAGAACACAGGAUCCGAGGACACCGCUGGAGAGGAGCAGGAUAAGACCCCAAAUCUGAACGAUCAAGGAGAUAAUACAGAGCCUAAAGAACAGGCGUCCAGUCCGCCAAUAGAACCCGCUGAGGCUACAGCUGAUGGCCAGGCUAUUGAAAAAGCACCAGAAAAUGAAGAGGCUUCCCAAGAGCAAAAGGCAGCUAGUGACAAGCCAAAGCAAGGAGAAAAGUCGAGUGUUAGGGACUUCAUCCGCAAGCCUGUUGCUAAAAUUUUCUCCCACAAGAGCACAGAGAAAAAAGAUGGUACAGGGGAAGACCUAAAACAGACUGCCCCCGUUCGGUCAAGAUCAUUAGACAGGCUCCAGGAUGCUGAUGCCAGCACAGUUGUGGAAGACCAAACAGAAGACCCUCAGGCUGCAGAUGAGCCAGACAAGUCUAACUCUCAAAGAGCCAAACACAUGAAACGCUGGCACUCUUUCAAAAAACUCAUGUCUCAAAAAAGUCACAAGAAAAGCACAGAUGAUUCCAAGGAUGCUGAGGGGGAAGAGGGAGCCAGUGUGGAGGGAGCAGGUGACAGCGGGACACUGGACUCCACCACAAAGUCAGAACACACUGGGCAAAAACGGUGGAAGCUGAAGAGAUCCUGGACAUUUCAAGGUAUGAAGAGAGAUCCAUCAGUUGUUGGGAUCCACAAACCUAAGGAUAAAGAGACUUCGGAGCAAAAAGAUGAAAAUCCUCCGGAGGAAGAACAGGCUGCGGAAGAUGUAAAGGUGACCAGCGAUGUGGAAACCCAGGAGAAGACUGAAGCUGAAGGUGAAGAGGAGAAAGGAGCAACUGCUACCACACAGCAUGCAAAAUCAGUGGACCAGCAUGCAAAUGAGAUCUGGACCUCUUUCAAAAAGCGAGUUAUUCCCAAAUCAAAGAGGGCAUCCGAUGCUGGCGGAGCAGAGGAGGAACCAGUGGGUGAGCAGGAGCAGACUGAUGAACCACAGGCGGGUAAAGACUCAGGCAAGACAGCCAAGGCAAAAAGGACACACUUCAACCGCGCUGUGUCACUAAAGAACUUCAUACUGCGAAAGGGGAAGAGUACCAGCGUGGACAUGGGGGAGGGUCUCGCAGCGCAGAAAGAGGGUGACGGUACUGCCGAGAGUGAAGCUAAAGACGUGGAUGGCCUUGAUGAUGCAACUGGGGCAACUGAUGUCCCACAGACUGGAUCAGAGGAACAGACUGUAGCUCUGAGUGAGAGCAAUAACGAAGCUCAGGUGGAAAGCGAGCACAAAAGUUCUGAUGGAGAGGAGAGGUCCCACACUAACCAACCAUCUGGUCAGCCAUCAGACAAUUCUCACGCAGUGGAUCCAGCAUCGGAGGGUGGAUGCCAGAUGGAGCCCAAAGCCAACGGUGAGAAUGGGUGCCCGGAUGCUACUUCAGAGGACACCACAGCACACAAUCAUGAAGCGACUACCCAGAACGAUGUGAAGGACGAGGAGACCAACCAGGAGACCAUAGACUCUAGUGGCAAAACUUGUCCAAAGGAUGGAAAGGUUCUCAAUCAAGAUGGGAAGUGUGAUACUGUCAAUGCGGUUGCCCAAAGCGAAAAAAAGGCGGGAAACGUGUGACGCCACACAAAGAGGAUUAGAUCUGCAUGGGAUUCGUUCAGCGAGGAGCUUUGCCCCCCUCCCCCCCAAAAUAUGGAGUAAUCACAUGAUUCACCAUGGUGAGAGAUGCAAUCCACAUAGUUAAAAAAAAAUCUUGAAAGCAAUAAUUCAGAUUUAUCAAUCAGUGCAGUCUUUCCAUUCCAUCAUUGUAAAUGUUUUGCCUGUCUACUAGUGAGAUUUUAUAUCGUCAUAAAUGACAUUCCUUUGAAAUGUUAAUCUCGGUGAUCACAAAGUACAGUGGUCAUAAAGACUGUUAGUUUUAUAUUAAUUGCCAUUCUGUUUGUAGCUUUCCUUUUACUAGAUAUGUAAAUGUGACACAUUUGAAAUAACAGCCCGUCAGAUUGCCCCUGUUCAAUUGUAAAUUCAAUAUGGAAUGUGCGCUAAUCUAUGUGUUUUUGUUUUUAGACAGUUAUCUUGUGUACAUGAAUAAACCUUCAUUAAACAUUAAAUAAUUCUCUGUGUUUUCUUGCUGAAUUAUGCAUUUGUCGGCUCGUUUUAGAAAACGACAAAACAGUCAAGUAAUAACAGAUUAAUUUGACUUGGCCUUUUGGGUAUCUGUAAAACGCAUUCUGCAAAAUAAUCUCGGAAAUGGAAGCAUACGUAAAUGUAAAAACCUUAAUCUAAACAUUACAUAAUGGCAAAUGUUAGUUUAUAUUGGAUUACACAGACUUCACAUUAAUCAUAAUGUAGUGCUUUAACUGUUAUUUAAUAUCCCACUUCAUCUCCAAUUCUAAUGUUGAGCUCAGGUGAUCGUGACUACAUCGUUGUUGACCCACACUACGCUGUUGACUAUUUACAUUAAUUCUCCAGGAUCAUUUUAUAAGCAUGUUAACAGCAGAUUAACAGGAUGCCUAGCAACAGGUUUCGGAACAGCAUUUUCAAUAGCUCGAUACAGGGUCAGGGUUAAUGAAAAACUAUGAGGAAGUAUUACAAGUUAAUCACCAGACUUAACAGAGACAGUAUAGCUCAGAGAUAUCCAGUCUGUAUUGGCAAGUAGGUGAAACUGACAAUCUGUAUAAAAGAAAUUAAGGUUGCUUUGAGAUUAAAUCAAUACGUAUCAACAGGCAGAUGGAUGUUACAGGCUUCAGCAUAUACUGUCAAUGUAAUAAAUUGAAUCUUUUAUGUUAAAGGCAACUUUGUUUGCUAAUAGCUAUAAAAAUGCUUUACCAACAGACCACUGCAUGUAUGUGAAAACGAGUCAUAAGGGUCAAGUUUUCGAAAGUUAGAUUUAUACAUCACCUGAACGCUGGAUAAAGAUUUCCAUUGAUAUAUGGUUUGUUAGCUAGUUAUCAAAAUAUUAAGAAAAUAGUUGUAGCUGUAGUAGGUCGUUCCUAAGCAGUAACAGGUUUGUUUAAUGCGCUCUAUUGGCUUACUGCUGUAAUGGCGUUGUGGAGAGAUGAACCUAUGAUCUACAUAGAAAUCUAUGAUUUACAUAGAUACCAAACUUGAGUGGGUAACUCCCAAAAAGCGGGCAGCCGCGAGCGAUGUUUGUAGGCGUGUUUCCGGCCAUUUUUGUUUUAGAUUUUGCUGCAUCCACUCACAAAAGUAAAGUUUUGAUAUAUUAACGAUAGUAAAUUUACAAAAUAUCUUCAUGGAACAUGAUCUUUACUUAAUAUCCUAAUGGUUUUUGGCAUAAAAGAAAAAUCAAUAAUUUUGACCCAUAGCCUACAAAGUCUUGUUGGCUACAAAUAUAAUGUUACAAAAUACCUGUGCAACUUAACUGGUUUUGUGGUCCGGGUCACGUGUGAAACAACCCAUGGUCAGCUGUUUAACUUGUGAAAGGAAAAACAUUUUAAAAUCUUUUUAAAGGUUAAACUUGAUCAUAUUUGGUAACUAGUUAAUGCAAUGGGUAUUCGCAACUAACAAUGAAAAAUAUUAUUUACAGACCUUAUUGAAUUAAUGGUAUCUUGUAAAUACACUAUUAUUGCUAAUUUG